GUGACGUCAGAAGGUAAUGACCUUGGUAAGGGAGAUUUGAUUACGGAACUAAUCUGGCGGUGCAAUGUCGUGGUCUCGGCUACGCCGUGAUGGAGUCUUGGGUCGGCCGGAUUCGUUGCGAAAUGUUCUCUUGUAGCGAGGUGGUGCGGGCGAGAUGGAGGGUCUAGUGGUGGCGGUGCUGGUCGUAGGGCACACCUUCACCUGUUCUAUGUCUCACUUGAUGAAGUAUGCGUUUGUACUUGCGUGGGUGAUUAUUCGAUAUGGCCCCUUCCAUUUUCGCUGGAAUUCUCCCGUUGCGAGGUAUCUGGUUUUCUCCAUUACUUCCUCCUGGACCCCUGGUUGGUCCGAAGUUCGUGUACUUGGAUUGGUUGCGGUGCACCUUGACCGAUGGGACCUGCUGGAACUUGAAUCGCAUGCCGUUUUCCCCUUGUCUCCCUGGUGACGUUUUUUUCUCGUCCGGGGGGCGAAGAGGAAGAGCUUCCUGUCCCAUAUCUGUGGGGUCUCCGCAUCGAGGUGUUUGUGUCACCCCUUCUCGAUUUCCUGGUUCAGUCUCUCCACUGGGUUGGCUUGGGGGUGGAAGAUGAGUGUCGUCCCAGUGGUGAUACCACCAGUGUCGGCGAGUGCGGCAUCCCAGGUGCCGGAGGUGAAUUGUGGGCCGUUAUCGGAAGCUAUCGCCCUUGGAGACCCGGAUCGCCGGAAUACUUCAGUCUCCUGUCGGUUGAUUACGAAGUCGGUGGUGGUUAACCGGAGAGAGAAGGCUUCUUCUCAAAUGUCCGUCACUACCAGUAUGAACCGUAUACUGAUCCCAAGGGUCUAUCAAGCCGACACUGAAAACGUUGACUUACCUUAUAUUUACCGUUGGCAACACUGAAAAAAAAACUACGAAUAGAGCCAUCUACCUUUCAAGUCGAAAUGAUGGCGUUUCGCGGCCCUUUUGAAUUUGGCUGGCAGUCGGCUCGAUAUGGGUGGCACGAAUGAAUUCCUACGUUGUGUAAUCGGUUCUUGUAUGUGGGGACGUGAGACAUAAUCGGGAAGGGAAUUAAAUAAAAGACCGAACUUUUGUGCGUAAGAAAUGACAAGAACAAAUAAAUAUAUUACGCACACAACAAGAGAAUACCAGGGAAACCUUCUACGGGACAAAAACCCCGGCAUAGGCCACACAAAUACAUGAAAUAAAUCAUCAUCGAUUUCCCAGAUGUGAGAUAUGGUCUCAAUUGGUCGACGGAAAUCACCUUCCAUGGCUUCCAGGCUUCCUGAAUGGUCCCUUGGUAUAUCCCCUCAACAUUUAUGAUUCAACCAGACUUGAAAACCCAGCAAGUUCUUUUUGCGAUUUCCAAGAAGACGCUGGAGACGUGCUAAACGUAACCGGCCAGGAAUGCUGGCCGUGUUUCUAUGAUGACCCGAAUGUCACCUUUCAGUACUUCGACGAGGAAAGAGUAUACAAGACUGCCUAAAUCUGGAAUUCAGUCAAUGAGAAGAGGCCUUUCAAGAAGAGGGAGAACGACGGAGUACGCUGUGCACCGCAGCGUCACCAACGAUUAGGCACCAAGGAAUUAGACGAUCUAUUCCGAGGUGUUAUACAAGAGUGCUAGUCCGCGAGGGCCAUCCACGUCGUGUUGGUCCCAAAGAAGGGUGUAACUUUUCGUCGGUGUGUCGACUACCACCGCUUAUUAACGAAGAUCGUCUAAGUGUUGUUCAAAUGUUGCACGAAUACUCCGUCAAAACCCGCACGAAACCGGUCCAUCAAACGCACGAACGCCGCGGGCGCAUUGCGCAGCCCGAAAGGCAUCCUCGAAAAUCGAAAAGUUCGUACCCCAUGCCCCGUUUGGACGAACUACUACAAUUUUCUAAGUGCACGUUGCGAUGUCGGUCAGAAGGUGCUGCAGCGCAUCUUUUAAGUAAAGCAGCGAAAGGGUUUAGGUACUUCCAAAUUGGAGCCCAAGCGAGAUGGGCCGUAUAUUAUCACAAAAAUGGUGACACCUACAAGUUACGAGCUUGCAACUUGCACAGGUGCAGUUAAACCCCAAUAGAUCAUCCCCUGAAACUGAUCUUUUCUAGAAGUCGAUAAUUUUUACCACCCGCACGUUAGUAAGGGAGGUGUUGCAUUGUGGUAAAAAAAAACCUUCCACUUUUUUGACGGAAAUACACGAACCAAACAAAAUUUUGAUGAUCUUGGUAUCUCUGUCGGUCUGUCUGUUGUAACCGUUUUAUUUUCUUCAAUAGAAGCAUUAUUAUUGUUCCCGGUAUAUUUACCGGUUGAAUGAUCCUCGUAACAUUUGUAACCUUGGAAUUUUAAACACGCAACUUCUAGCGCGAAAUUUUACGGUGCCGCGAUUUGUCGUUAUCGAUGGUUCCUCUUUUGUUCGUCAGCUGUGACAGAGUGCACUCGAUUUUAACAGCAAAACGCAUAGAAUUUUAAUUGCCGCCAUCCAUUAAUAUUUGGUGAUUAAAUUCGGUUAAUUGUGGAUUCUUGAUCAAUUUGUGGAUUGGAAUUCCACCCCAUGACUCCAGUAGGAGGAUAUAGUUGAGUUAUUCUUCUUCAUUGUAAGUACGCCAUUUGCAUUUAGGUAAUCUGCUUUUGACCUACAUCUUCGGUAGGUUUAAUACGAUUUUCUAUCGACGAUUAUUGCACGUUCAUCUAUAAGUAGCCUUCUUAUUUAUGCACAUUGUAAGGUUCUCUACGAAGAGGGUUACCUUUAAUUUUUUUCUAGGGUUUUUAAUUUUGGUUCAAAUUUUGGAUUCCACGUUCAAGGCUAUUGUCAUUUAUGGUACCAGUUCAAGGAUCAGUUCCAAUUCCAUCUUAAGCGUAAUUCCGGAUACGUUUUACAUACGCAUGUGUGUAACCUUGAAGUCAAGUCACCAUCUGUGCACGAACGAACAACACCGUUUGACGGCCUUUCGAUUUACUGAUAAGGGAGCCGCCACUUGCUGAAACCUUGAUAACAAGAUUCGAUUCACAACCAGGAAACAACUUCCAUAACUUUUUAACGUAUUAAUCAAUAAUUAUAUGUUUGCCCCUUCAGUGUUAUCUCACCUUUAAUUAACUUGUUAUCUUCAGUAUUUCUAUUGAUAAUCUUGCGACCUCUGUAAAGUUAUGAUCAAAUAUAAUGUUAUCCGAAGAGUAAAAGUUUACUACGAGUAAGGCGAUGCCCUUCAGGCAUUGUGCAGUUCAUUGCAUUCCGAGUUUUGCGGCUUGGUAGUUUGCAUUUAUUGCAGAUUUUAUGGAAAUCCCGGACCUGAGCUCACUUCCCUGGAUGACGUCUCCUUGUAAAUGAAGAAAUGACCACAGCACACCUGAUUAUACCAAGCCAACCGGAAAAAGGCGAGGUAACCGAAAGGCAAAGGAACUUCGUGCUGAAAGUCGCCGCGAAGGAACUGAAGGAGGACGAGCAGACGCGCGAGCAAUGCCUGGCCCGCCUGAGAGAGUGGAUACACCAAAAUCGCGACAUACAGGGUUGCAUCCUGGACGACAGGUUUCUCCUGCGCUUCCUUCGCUCGAAGAAGUUCAGCCUCCACAUGACCCAGCAGAUGGUGCUCAAAUACCUCAACCUGCGCAAGUGCUUCAGCCAUAUCUGCUCCGGUUUGGACUGGAAGGACGAGAGAUUCUUGCGGCUCCUGAACGAGGGGUACACCUUUCCGAGCCCGUUUAGGGAUAAGAACGGCAGGAGGGUGGUCCUGACAGUACUGAAGAAGUUUAACACUUCACUGUUCACAAGCACCGACAUGGCGCGUGCGCAUACGAUAACUUAUGAGACAAUGAUGGACGACGAGGAGACUCAGGUUUUGGGUUUCAACCACGUGAUCGACAUCGCAGGCGCCUCACCUUCGAUAAUUACGAUGUGGCCGCCGAACGAGUUCGCCACUUUGGUUAAAUGGGCGGAUCAAUCGUUUCCGAUGAGGCAUAAGGAAAUCAACGUAGUUCACUUGCCGUCCAUGUUUAAAUAUGUCUACGAUUUUGCUGCUUCUCGAGUUAGCCAAAAGAUAAGGGAUAGGACUAAGUUUCACGACACGCUGGCCGACCUGCACAAGGUGCUCGACCCGCCCACCUUGCCGUCCGAAUACGGUGGAAUAAUGUCCACGAACGAAAUGAUCGAGCUGUGGAAGGAGGAACUGAUCAACAAGCGAGAUCGCCUGCUUUCCUACGACCGGAUGAACUUGCUAAGCGAUCAGGGGAUCAUUCGACGAAGAACGAAGAUUAACGACGCGGACAGUUUGAACGGUAGCUUUAGACGGUUACACGUAGACUAACUUUUUGUACCUAUAUUAUUUUUUUGUAAGUUUCUCUUUGACAUGCCACUAGUAUACACCACAUUAGCGCUAAGACCAGCCGUGGAGCCGUCCAAAAAAGGAUCUUAUCUUAGUUACCAAAUCUGAAAGCGUAGCGCCUUUAGGUUUAAGGACACCGGUGUACAGGGUGUAACAGACCAGUAUAUCAACCUAACCUGUUACACCCUGUAUACUUACAAUUUAUUAUGCCCGUAGAAAUAGGUUUCUUUUCAGUUAUUUCAGCGUCAUUAACCUCUAUAUUUCUUAGUUUAUGGUGGGGAAUGGCGAGAUCAGUUUUGAUAGCACGUGUGUAUAGUGUAGUUUCAUAACCUGAAAAAUAAAUAUAUUUGAAAAAA